GUUAUAGGUCAGGAGCGCAGCACACAUGCACUUCCACCUCAGCCCAGAUGACCUUGAUGUGCCCUACACAGCAUGUCUCAUAAAGGGAUAUGCUGUAAUUGUAGAAACAACCCUUGUGGUGGCGCCAGAGUCCUAGUUUGACAUCACACUGUGCCAGCCAUGUGCACAUGCGUGUGAGGGCAGCUUGGUAUAUUCUUAGACUGUCUGACUGUAGGUGUCCUCUGAGAGCCCAUCCCCCGUUUGUGUGGUGCUGAUGCUGAAUUGUCCAUCACUAAAGGACAGAGGAAGAUAUUCUUCUCUCUCUCAUGAGGUCCAGUCCUCCUGUCCUCUAUCCUUGUGAGAAUGGCGAUGAUAUGGAUGCAGACAGAGAAGGUGGUUGUGCAUGAGCUACAACGCAGACUGAGCAAUGUCGCUCACAGCAUUGAAACCUAAAGGCUGUGAGAGACUUCCUGUGAGAUUCCUGCUUGAGGUGACUUGACCAACGUGUGUGUGUUUGGCAGAUCUCACUACUAAGUGCUAAAACAGAUACUGUAAAAGUUUUCUGUAAUAGCAGAACUCCUUACUUCAGUAGUUGGUACAAGGGCAGUGGUAGACUACUUCCUAUUCAAUUUAAUAUUUUUAAAUUAUAAGUGUGGUUUACAAACUUUGCGUUUACCAUUUAGUAUCAUUAAGCAUAAAGGAACAAUAUGAUCGUUUUACGAAGUGUAUUGCAGCAGUCAGGUAUAAGUCAGUAUUGAUGAGGGACAAAAGUAUGCUGAGGAGACUCAGAAAAGGACGAUUCAAACAAGGCAGUGACUGUGGACUUCCUUUGGUCCCAUUGACACAAGGACAGAAUGAGAUCAUGCAGAUUGAGUCCAGCCCUCUCUUCGCUGCUGACAUCAUCACCGAGCUCAAGAAACAGUUUGCUUACCUUUCAGGAGGAAGAGGACAGGAUGGUAGCCCUAUUAUAAUCUUCCCAGAAUUCCCAUCAUUUUGUGAAAUUGAAGAACAAGACUUUCGUAAUGUUCUCACCUACCUGACAAGUGUUCCAAGUUUGAGUGCAGCAGGAGUUGGCUUUAUUGUAGUGAUCGACAGACGCAGGGAUCGAUGGACUUGUUUAAAGGGAACAUUAUUGCGGAUCUCAGGCUGGUUUCCUGGUAAUCUUCAGCUUGUUCUGGUGCUGAAACCCUGUGCUAUACUGCAGCGCACACUGUCUGAUGUGUUCUUCAAUCUACAAAGAGAUGACUUUAAGGUGCCGGUUAUCAUGCUGAGCUCAGUGGCUGAUCUGCACUCUUAUAUUGAGCGGAGUCAGCUGACACAAGAAUUGGAUGGCUCUCAAUACUACUGUCACAAGACAUGGAUCUCAAAUCGCACCGAUCUCGAAAGCUUUGCUGCAAUAGUGAAGAGGAUGGCUCACAGACUGCAAGUGUUUGGAAGGGAACUAGCAGAAACAGAACUUCCUGAAAACCUCCAAACAGCCAACAAUCUGCUGAACACACACACCAGCAGGAAAGAGAGUCUGAAAGAAGAGAUGGCAAGAGUUCUCAGCCAGGGACGGAGACUUCUGGAGAACAUUAGAGAACCUGUACGUAGAGAUCCCGAUAGUAGUCUAAACCCCGAUCAGCUGGAGAACCUCGCUAUAGUUCACAGGCUUUUAUCCCAGUUAAAUGAGAGCUCCACAGCAUUCGAUGACUUCUGGUUUCAGCAUCAAAACAAGAUGGAACUGCACUUGAAACUCUGCCAGUUUGAGCACAACUUUCAGCAGGUGCGGUUAGAAUUUGAACAGGCUACAGACACACUGAAUGCUUUUUCAGAUGUUGGAACAAGCCACACCCAAACAGAACACCUCCUCGAAGAUCUGGCCAAUCAGGAAGAAAUGACUUGUGAAGUGCUGGACAGAGUUAGGUCCCUGGUUGCUGAGGGCAAAGGUUUGAUUGACAGCAGUCAGAACGUUGACGGCAGUGUUGCAGGGAAAUGCUGUGAACUUCAAAGAAUCGCAGAUAAACUCACCCAAGAGCUCAAUAACAAGAGGACCAUGUUAACACAAACUAUAGAGCUUCACAAUAGACUGGACAUGAUGGGUAAAUGGUGUGAUGAUGGGAUUUACAUGCUAGCGUCACAGCCUCUUGACAAGUGCCAGUCACAGGAGGGGGCGGAGUCGGCACUGUCAGAACUGGAGAGUUACCUGGAGACAGCCAAUGAGAAGCAGGAAUGGGACAUCAACACAGUUUGGGUGGAAUAUGAGAGCAUUCUGAACCCUGAGCUCAGGGAGCAGGUAAACCGCCUUUUCGAGAAAAAAGCCUCACUACAGGAGAUGUUUGAGAGGAGGAGGGUUAGUCUAAAGAAACUAGCAGCCAAGCAAACACGCCCAGUUCAGCCUGUCGCCCCUCGACCGGAGUCACUCUCAUCUCCAGCUCACAGAGAACCUGACAACAUCUGUGUUCAAUUAAGCUGUGAUCAGGUUGACAGGAGCAGUCACAACGCCUCUGUAUCUGAGGAGGAGGAGACCCUCGCUGUGCUCCGCAGACAUGUUAUGAAUGAGUUACUGGAAACAGAGCGGGUGUAUGUAGAAGAACUUAUGUGUGUUUUGCAGGGAUAUGCUGCUGAAAUGGACAACCCCUCCAUGGCUCCUCUCAUCCCUUCACCCCUACAGAACAAAAAAGAUGUGUUAUUUGGGAACAUGCAGGAGAUUUAUAAUUUCCACAAAAGAAUAUUCCUCAUUGAACUGGAGACGUACACUGACUGCCCUGAGCUUGUGGGACGAUGCUUUCUGGACUGGAUGGCUGAGCUGCAGAUAUAUGAGAAAUACUGUCACAAUAAGCCUCGCUCUGAAAGUCUCUGGAGGCAGUGCUCUGACUGUGCCUUCUUCCAGGAGUGUCAGAAGAAACUCGAGCACAAAUUGGGGCUGGAUUCCUACUUACUUAAACCUGUGCAGAGGAUUACUAAAUACCAGCUGCUGCUGAAGGAGAUGAUUAAAUACAGCAAAGGCUGCGAGGGGUCGGUGGAGCUGCAGUCGGCUCUUUCCUCCCUACUGGGGAUCCUGAAGGCUGUAAAUGACUCAAUGCAUCUCAUCGCUAUCACUGGAUAUGAGGCUAACCAUUCAGACCUGGGUCGCUUGCUGAUGCAGGGGUCAUUCAGCGUGUGGGCGGAGCAUAAGAGAGGUCACGUGAAAGUGAUGGAGCUCGCAAGGUUUAAGCCCAUGCAAAGACACCUGUUUCUGCACGAGAAAGCUCUGAUCUUCUGUAAGAGACGAGAAGAGAAUGGAGAGGGUUAUGAGAAAGCCCCCUCCUACAGCUUCAAACAGGAGCUCAGCAUGAGCGCUAUUGGAAUAACAGAACAAGCUAAAGGGGACAGCAAGAAGUUUGAGAUCUGGUCCAGUUCAAGGGAUGAAGUGUACACGGUACAGGCCGCAUCUGAGGACAUCAAGACCAUCUGGGUGACAGAAAUCCGGAAGCUUCUGACAGGACAGCUGGAGGCCUACAAAGAAGCACGUCAGCAAAAGGUUCCUGAUCAGAACAGCUCGGAUAGCAGCUCAACCAGCAGACUGGUGAAAGGUGAACAUAUGAGUGUCAGAAGUGGAGGAAUGGAGAAACAGAAGAUAGAAGAGGAAAAAGGCACAGAACCUGAGAACAUUCCACAACCUAGAACGACAGAGAGAGUAAAAGGGUCUUCAUGCAGGUCAGAGACAAAACCAAAGCGACAGGAUAUCCGCAGUGAUCCUACGCCUCUAGAAACAGGGUCACACCCUAACUUGGGCGGAGUCAGGUGGUUCAGUACAUCAAGCCUGUUUCAGAAUCGUAGGAGAAGUACACAUACUGAGUACACACGAUGGACUAAAGGAUCUCUCUCGCUGGAUGCUAUUGAGUGUGACGGAUACUAUAGUGCUGAGGAGCAUGUGACCUCUGACCCCGACGAGGAGAAAGAAGAGAAAAAGUGUGAAGAUGAACCACUGCCGGUGUGGACUGAAGAAGAAAUCCAGUGUUCUGAAGACACAGAGAAUCUUGAUAAAUAAGAGUUUGUGCGUGCGUGUGUACAUCAUAUACUGUACUCUAGGGAUAUCACCAAUAUACUGAUAUUCACUUUAACCGUGAUAUUAAAAACCAUGACUAUCAAUAUGGUACUAAUACAUAUGUAAACUAUUCAGCACAUAUUUAAAACUUUCCUUUAAAGUGAUAGAUCACCCCAAAAUAAAAAUUCUUUCAUCAUUUACUCUCCUGUAUGACUUUUUUCUGCUGAAAUAAAAAGAGGCUGAGUGAAUGAUGACAGAAUUUUCAAUUUUGGAUGAACCAUAAUGGUUACAAACUCUGCCUCCCUACACUUUUUUUUAGUUUACUGGCCGAAAAGGGUGAAUUUGCAUAAAUUAUUUUAAUUAAAACAUUCAGUGGGACCUUUAUUUUUAGAGUGUGGUCUUAAAGUGAACAGUUAAAUUCACAGAAAAACCUGAGCCAAUGCUUUCUUUCAUUAAGGCUGUGAUACAUAUUUCAUAUCCCUUAAACGUUAUUUAGUAGUAUGUACCACAUUGAUGUGUCCAUACUGGGAAAUGGAAUGUUCAUUGUCAUGUCCUGUAGUGUAAAUGCAUGUAACAGUUGUUAUAUCAGGACCUACAUGUAAGCAUAUCAUAUAUGCAUAUGUUGUUUCUCAAAGUGACUGAUCACCCUGUGUUAUUUCUAUGUACAUUUGUCUAAUAUUAAAAGCGUGUUUUAUAGAUGCAUAUAUAAAUUAAAAACAUCUAUUUA